AUAAGUUUGAUAUAGCUCAAGUGGUUAACACCGAUAUCAGAAGCUGUUCCAACGCCGCCGACUGCAAAAACACGAUACGCAUUUCACAUUUCAUUAGCGAGUUUUAUUUCUUUUUGCUCUCGAGAAUCAAAUUCAAAGGAAUUUCCUAAGAAUUCUACCAUCAAUCUAAAGAACCGAAGGAAACUGGUUUAAUUUAAUAUUUUAUUUGUCAUCCAUCAAAGAAAUUAAUUAAACGCUUUGAAAAUAUCGUGAGUGCUGCAAAGAAAAAAGGACUCAAACUAAACUAUUUUUGUGAAAUUUAAAGACUGUUUGAUAAAUUGUUUUUAUGCAAAUCUAAUUAAGUUUAAUAAAGGGGAAAAAUAAAAUUCAAUCAAUUUUAAAAUGAGUGCAUCGAAAUUGGAAGUUCAAUCGCCAAAUGUGAAAAUCGAUGAAAAGUACAUCGAAGUUGAUUAUGAGUAUCAGACUUCAUCAGUAAAACGGGAUGGUGGUACAAUUCAGGUUAAACCAGAAACACUAUCCCUAAAAAUUCGAACUGAAAAAAAUGUGCCAAAAUUGGGUCUGAUGUUGGUUGGUUGGGGUGGCAAUAAUGGUUCAACCUUGAGUGCUGCCCUCGAAGCCAAUCGUCGCGAAUUGGAAUGGAGGAAGAAAACUGGAAUACAAAAAGCCAAUUGGUAUGGAUCCAUAACCCAAGCAUCGACAGUUUAUUUGGGAAAUGAUGAAAAUGGCAAGGAUGUCUAUAUACCGAUGAAGGAUCUUGUUCCAAUGGUUAAUCCAAAUGAUAUUGUUGUCGAUGGUUGGGAUAUAAGUUCAUUGAAUAUUGGAGAAGCAAUGCGCCGGGCUCAAGUUCUAGAUGUCGGACUACAAGAUCAAUUGUACAAGGACCUUUCUAAAAUGCAACCUCACCCAUCGAUCUAUGAUCCUGAUUUUAUAGCUGCCAAUCAGUCAUCACGAGCUGAUAAUACCAUACAAGGGACCAGAUAUGCCCAGUUCCAACAGAUUCGCAAGGAUAUUCAAGAUUUCAAGGCAACUUCAGGAGUUGAAAAGAUAAUUGUUCUAUGGACUGCUAACACGGAGCGUUUUUGUGAAAUUCAAGAGGGAUUAAACACAACCAUGGAAGAGCUGCAAGCAUCUUUGAAAGCUAAUAAGUCAGAAAUAUCUCCAUCGACCAUUUUUGCUAUGGCUAGUAUUACUGAAGGGUGUACUUACAUCAAUGGAUCACCACAAAACACAUUUGUCCCUGGACUUAUUGAGAUGGCUGAACAUCAUGGAGUUUACAUUGCUGGAGAUGACUUUAAAUCUGGGCAGACAAAACUCAAGUCAGUUUUGGUAGAUUUCUUGGUCGGUGCUGGUAUCAAACCCACCUCAAUAGUCAGCUAUAAUCAUUUGGGCAACAACGAUGGAAAGAAUCUAUCUGCUCCUAAACAGUUCCGUUCCAAAGAAAUUUCCAAGAGUAACGUUGUUGAUGAUAUGGUCGAAUCCAACAGCAUUCUUUACCAGCCAAAUGAGCAUCCUGACCAUGUUGUUGUCAUUAAGUACGUUCCCUAUGUGGGAGACAGCAAAAGGGCCAUGGACGAGUAUACGAGUGAAAUUAUGAUGGGCGGACACAACACCUUGGUUAUUCACAACACCUGCGAAGAUUCCCUUCUGGCAUCGCCAUUGAUCCUAGAUCUAGUCAUUUUGGGAGAGCUCUGCUCAAGAAUCCAUCUGAAGAGCAACACAGAAUCCAGUGCUCCGUGGGUCGCUUUCAAGCCGGUACUUUCAAUACUUAGCUACUUGUGUAAGGCUCCACUUGUUCCCAGGGGAACUCCAGUUGUAAAUUCCCUCUUCAGCCAAAGAUCAGCAAUUGAAAAUAUUUUGAGAGCUUGUGUUGGACUUCCCCCAAUUUCACACAUGGCUUUAGAGCAAAGGUUUGAUUUUGCAACCAUUCCCACCAAUGGACCACCACUUAAGAAACUCAAGACCGCAGCAGAUGUCAAGAAACUUGAGAAUGGCCAUCAAAAUGGUCAUCAUGCCAAAGAGGAUGCCAACAACCACAGUGAGGAAGUUACAGCAAAUGGCUACCAUUAAAACAACGAGUUUAAAAAAGAAAAACCAAAACUCAUAAACAGUCUACAAAAAUCUUCAAUCUCAUUUAAUUUUUAAGCUUUGAAUAGCAUUUUUAAAAUUUUCCAAAAAGAAUUUUAGUUUUCUAAAAUAUUUGAUUGUUUUUUUUUGCUGAAAAAAAGACUCAUUUAUUGUCUUUUUUUAUAUACAAAUACAUAUAUAUACAUGAAAGGCAGUUACUUUUGUACAACUCAGAAAAAAAGUACCUAAGAGAAUAAGUGUAUUUAUGUAUGUAGGAAAUAUGUAUGAGUGAAUGUUUAAUUAAAUAAAAUAAAAAAUGUAAAACAUUAUAACUCAGCACAUAAAAUAUUUUUGUAUGGUUUUCUCAAUGAAGUGUGAAAGAGUAUAGGCCUAAGGGUAAACUUAAGGUGCAUUAAAUUGAAAAAAUAAAACAAAACUAAUUGAUUCAAA